AUGCGCUUCUCCGCUUUCGCCCUCUUGUCCCUUGUGUCGGUUGCCUUUGCUGGUAACUGCGGACCCCAGAAUGGAAACGCCAAGUGCGCUGCCAACGAGUGCUGCUCCCAGUAUGGCUGGUGCGGAACCACCGUCGACCACUGCGACGCAAAGACCUGCCUUCACCCCUUCUCUGGCGCCUCUUCAUCAUGCAAGCCCACCCAGACAACAAUGAAGACCAGCGCAACUAAGCAAGCUACCUCGCCCGCCACCACCUUCCCUACCGCGGUCCCCGAGAUCGACGUCUGUGGACACGCCCAAGGCGGUGUAACCUGCCCUGGCGCCGGUGCCAACGGCUACUUCUACCGCUGCUGCUCCUCCGCCGGCCACUGCGGCCCCAAGAACGACAUCCAGGACCAGGCUCUCUACUGCGGUGACGGCUGCCAAGCCGGUUACGGAAAGUGCGACAACCAGAAGGCGCCUGCUGAGCCUACCGCCCCCAAGGGUACCUCCGGUGCUGGAGAGACUUGCGGUCCUAUUGUCAACAAGAAGUGCGCUGCUGGUCUUUGCUGCUCUGGAUCCAACUUCUGUGGCACUGGUGAGGACUUCUGUGGAAAGGCCAACUGGUGCCAGAGCAAGUGGGGAAAGUGCAACUAA